AGCAGUUGAGGCGGGUACGUUGGGCUCCCAGGUUGUCCAAGCCACAUUCUGACAGAGACACGCUCCGCCGCACCCUUUCCCUACCGCGCACAGGUAAACUGCGGCCAAACGACCAAAGUCACUCGAAAGUCAAAUUUGGAUUGUAAUUUUAGGACAAAUUUAUGGAUUAAACAAAGACUAAACACGUUUCUGGAAGCGAAAAAGAAGGGAUAGGCGCUAAGGCAAGACUAAGACCAAAGAGAAGGGACAACGUCUCAGCCCACACACGAUUGGAGGAGAUAGACAUCAAUCAAACUGGACGCCGUCCAUUCCCUCCCACCCCUCAUGGCGAGACUACCCCCAACCCACCAAUAGGGCGAGUCCCAUCCACUCAUCCAUCCGGACAAUCCAAUUGGUCACCCUCACUCCACUUAACCCCUGCCCACUCUACGAUCCACCCCACCCACCCCCUCUGAUUGGUCAAGAUGGACAAGUUGACAGAUGACAUCCCCAGGUGCUACUUCAACCAUUCAGUGCAGUUCUUCUAUGAACAAAGUGGCAAGAACAUCAGCGCCCACUGGCGUCCUCGGGACUACGUGGUGGUGAGCCUGGGCAUGGGUGUGUCUGUCAUCGUCAUUCUGGCCAACAUCCUGGUCAUGGUGGCCAUCUUCAUCAACCGACGAUUCCACUUCCCUAUCUACUAUCUGCUAGGCAACCUGGCAGCAGCAGACCUGUUCUCAGGUAUCGCCUACCUGCACCUGAUGUUCCACACUGGGCCCUGGACCAUCAAGUUGUCCCAGAACCAGUGGUUUGUACGCCAGACCCUGAUCGACUCCAGUCUGACAGCAUCGGUGUUGAACCUCCUGGCCAUCGCCUUGGAGCGCCACCAGACCAUCUUCACCAUGCAGCUCCACAGUAAGAUGACCAACCGCCGCGUGGUGCUGCUCAUCGCCGCUAUCUGGGGCCUAGCCAUCUUCAUGGGCCUGGUUCCCACCAUGGGCUGGCACUGUCUGUGUGACCUGGACAACUGCUCCACCAUGGCCCCCAUGUACCAACGCUCCUACCUGGUGUUCUGGGCUGUGCUCAACCUGUUCACCUUCUCUCUCAUGGUGGCUGCCUACACCAGGAUCUUUGUGUACGUCAGACACAAGAGCCAGAGGAUGUCUCAGCACACCAGCCAGAUACGACACAAGGAGACUGUGUUCAACCUGAUGAAGACUGUGUCUAUGAUCCUGGGUUGUUUUGUGAUCUGCUGGACCCCGGGCCUGGUGUUGUUGAUGUUGGAUGGUCUGGGCUGUGAAUCGUGCCAGGUGCUGCGUUAUGAGAAGUACUGUCUGGUCCUGGCUGAGUGUAACUCCCUGGUCAACCCCAUCAUCUACAGCUUCAGAGACACGGACAUGUUACAGACCUUCAAGAGGAUCCUCUGCUGCCUGUGUCGCCGCGGCGGCGCCGGCCACAAAGACACGCUGUCCGGCACGCGCUGCAACACCCUGGAGCAAGAGAGAGAAAGAGAUGUUCUGCAACGCCAAGACUUGAAUGAGUCUGGUUGAGUGAGGCCAGCCCCUGCAGUGAAUGUUUUGGUCUUCACCUGGGUCCAUACUGGACUCUGAUGCAACUCUUUUCCAUACAGACUUUCUGAGUACUGACAAUGUCUCUAUAACGUUGUUGGAAGGUUGUCUGUCACCCUGGACAGCCUGGUGGGAUGUAAACCAGAUGUUAGUGGUUCAAACGGGUCUGACUAUUUGUCAUGCUUCCUGUGACCUGUAGCUAUGGCAUGUGUGCACACACACACACACACACACACACACACACACACACACACACACACACACACACACACACACACACACACACACACACACACACUAUCACACGCAUACACAUUACACACACACACGUGCGCACACACACACACUAUCACACGCGUAGACACAUUACACACACACACACACACACACACACACACACACACACACACACACACACAACACACGGCUGACUCAUCACUGUGUCAUUGCUCUCUGUGUGGAGACACAGGAGUGUGUGUGUGUGUUUACAGUACCCCACACAAACACCAGUUAAACGUUUACACAUCCUGUCAGUGAUGUCACUAAUGGAGAACGAACAAACGACACAAUACAGGAGGGAGGGGAAACAUUUCAGUGUCGCACGCUAUUCUGCACUAACUCUGGUGUGACAGUGAAAUAUGUUCCCCUCGUACUUACCCCACCCAAUGACAUGGACUGUAAUUUUACACACACACACACACACACACACACACACACACACAGUAACGUGUGAUAUACAUUAGCGCCCCCCAGUGGUCAAGUGAAAGCAAGUCCUCUUCUACACUCCUGGGCCACGUCCCAAUUGUCUCUUCUUCCUCCCAAAGUGUGCACUCGUUCACUUCCCUUCACUGAUUUGAAAGGAAAUGACUGGUAUUAGAAAUAUGGUGGGAACUCCCUCUAGCCCAUGCCUCCACCAAUCCAAUGCUGUGAGAUGUGUGGAAUGUCAUGAACGAGUGCACCCUUCAGGAAAAAGGAGAGAUUAUUGGGACGGACCCCAACUCUCACCAUUACUGGCUGAAAUCAUCUCUGAAAAGGGAAAAUGUUCAUACCUGAGAAACUAUAAAAGGGAAAUGCUGGUUAUGAAUAUUCAAAAUAUUUAGAUUUUUUUAAAAUAAAUAGGCCUGUUAAUAUGCAUUAUUUUCAUAAGCACGUAUGAAAACACAUUUUAAAACAUUUUUAAAAAUGUAAUAAUACUCUUUCAUUUAAAAACUCUGUUACUGUUUUUUAGUUUUAUUUUUGUACCGAAACAUCUCUGAAAAUAAAGCCAGAAAAAUGAAAACAUUCCUAA